AUGCAGCCGAUCUUACAGUGUCCUCCUGGCUCAAGUAUACCAGCUGCAGACGGACUUGGGGUACAAGUGCCCCCACUAUCUAGUGGAAUUCCCGUGUGGGGAAUGUCGAACAGACCGGCGGUCCGUCGCAUUGCCUCCGCCGGCCUAUUUGGAGACAUCCAUGCCAUCCUAGAUGAAGGCCAGCAGGAAGUUUAUUACUGCACGCUGGGAGGCACAUGGGGAGAAGAUCAAGUGAAGUGUCAAUCGUUCGAGGAGUACAAGCGACACUAUCCUUCUUGGCGUGUAGUGGCCACUGCAUCGAGCCCCCAGCAUGGUGCAGAAGUCAUUGAGAGGGCCAGAUCUCGAUUAGAUCAAACCUUUCGGUGGAGACCACUUGUCAACCACAGCAGAGACUUCGCAAGGUUUUGCUUUGCAGGGCCAGUAACUGACACCCCUUCAAGUCAACCAGCUCAAAGCUUUAGUGAUGCUUUAGGGCCUGUGGCGCGUGAGAUGGCAUCUGACGUGGCACAGCAGAUGGCACGCGCAACUGUCACUGCAGCAAUCAACCGCAUACCACCCUUUCCGGGUGCGAGCGCAAUUGCCGGCGCAAAUGUGGCCACUGCUGGAGCUGGAAGUGCGAAUUCUGCUGCUGCGACUGGAAGUGCGAGUGCUGGUGUUGGAAGUGUCAGUGCUGGUGUGGGUUCGGCUACGGCUGUCAGUGGCAUUGCCAGUGGACAAGCAAGUGGGGCUGCGGGUGUGAGUGCAAGCACGGGUGCUGGAAGCCCUGGUGCAGCUGCAGUUGUUGCAGGUGCACUUGCGAAUGCUGUUGCUGCAGCUGGAAGUGUGAGUGCGGGUGCUGCAGGUGGAAGUGUGGGCGCUGGUCCAAGUGUUGGUGCUUCUGCUGCAAGUGGACAUGCAGGUGUGGCUGCAAGUGCAAGUUCUGGUGCUGGGAGUGCGAGUGCGGCUGCAGGAGGAACAAGCGCAUCCGGCACCGCUUCAGCCAUUGCGCAAGUCGGCAUGGCAAAAUGUUUGCUCUUCGGGACAGUGUCUGCAACCACCAUGGCCGUUGCCGGACACCUGUGGUGCCAAUACGGAAAGCAGAAGGCUGAAGCUCGAGCGCCCAUCCGCAUCCGCAACCAGAGCACAGAAGUGAUCCAAGUGACCUUGAGAACCAUCGCCUCUUGGGACACUUUGCACAACACAGUCCAUCGGCUUCGGGCACAGGCCGGGGUUGGCAAGAUCAAAGCAGAGAUUGCGGCCGGCACAGAAGAGUUCCUUUAUCCCCCCUGUGAGGAGUGGUUCGAGGAUUUUUCCUUGACAGUCAAGUGCGCAGGCCAGCUACGAGAUGUGUUCCAAGUUCAACGCGGCACUGAGCUGGUGUAUCCAAGGUCAACGCGGCAUUGA